CUUUGACGUUGUCAAACCACGGAAUUCAUAAAAUAUUUUUACUAAUUUGCUCAAUUGGUAUUUUUUUUACAAGAUGUGAAUCAACACCAUGGGAGCAGAGGUUAAACUUGCUGAAAAAAUACUGCUGAGGGAACCGACCUACGAGUAUAAAAACCUUGAAUUCUGCACUCCGGCUGACCCAGAAGCAAAUGAUUCGAGUGCGUUUCCGAGUACAAUAACUUUAGCCCAUUUUUGUAAUUUCGUGUACAGUGCUACUGACCAAAUUGUAAAAUUCAUUCAACAUAACCACCGCAAUCUUUUCUCAGAAUGGAACAUUAUAGCAGUUUGCAACGGGAAAUACUCUUACCGUGGGCUAGCUGUGGCCAACAAUCUUCGGCGUCAGAUCAUCUUGGCUCACAGAGGAACCGUCAAGACGUCUGUUGGCAACAUUUUCUCAAAUUACAAAAUCCUUUUCCAAGGAGAGACCGGCUACCAACUUCAGGAAGCGUGCACUUUUACCGAGGAAAUAAGAAACUUAUCUGAAAAAUUGGGAUAUCAGCUCAUCAUCACCGGCCACUCGAUGGGCGGAGUUUUGGCUCAGGUCACGGCAGCUACGGCCAAAUUUUUGAAAAAAGGCAACGGACUGGAAUUUUGUUUAAGAUGCGAAGAAGAUUUUGAAAAAAUACACCCUCACGUUGAAACCUUUGAGUCUCCAGGAGCAUUCAAUGUGAUAAAAACACUUCUGAAAACCAACCCGAUUCACAACGUCCUCGAAAGGGCAGCCACCUUCUUGGAUGUGACAAAUUUCGUGAUGGCGCCGAAUUUUAUCAACACAAUUGGCGUUCAUUUUGGCACCUUGAUAUGCGUGGACAAAGCACUGAAAUCAAACAAACCGGUUUUAAUCAAUAGUGUUGGAAAACACUCAAUAUUGGUUUUCAUUGAUUUAUUUGAAAGCAACCAAGAGGUUUCGCUGCGGAUUUUUAAUUGGGCCCAAAGCAACGGAACAAUGGCACUUCUGAGGAAGGCGGCAGGCAGCGUUUGGAGGUUCGACGCAACCCGCACAACACAAUUUGAAGAUUUCCAUCCUCGAAUGUGGCCUGACUUUUCCUUCACUCAAAAGGAACUGGGCAUUUUGCAAUUGAUACACUUCGCGACCAGCGUGGGAAUUGAAUUUCCAGACGAAAAUCUACCACGAUUUUACAUCCACGGAUCUCAUUUUAAAAUGAUUAAAUUUCCAGCAAACGUCUCAGUUGAACAGAGAAGUAUUUUUGUGCCGAAGAUAAGAAAAAUGGCGACGAAAGAAAAUUGCGAAGAGACUUUAAAAACGCAUAUUGAAGAGCACAUCGCAAUUCCUCUGGAGCUCAUGAGAAUUUCUGGUUUAAAAUUUAGAAAUUCUGUGUUGAACGAUCUUUGCCUCGGAUCAUUGAGUCACGUGAAAAAUGUGCGAGGAAAAAUUAAGGAAGUCAUACGAUUGCGUGACGCGUCUGAUUUUGAUAAGAAACUGCUGGCCGUGCUGAUAAGAAACACGUGGAUGUAUAAAAAACCAAAUUCGCUGGCAAUUGUUCUCCCGGAUAGGGAAUCAUACGAGAGGAUGUUUGCGCAAAGUGAUGUAAGGAGCCGCUUCCUUUUGAUUAAAAACUUGCUUUUCGUCGUUGUGGUUAAAAAAGAAGAAAGCACCGAUUUAAAAAAAGAACGACUGAAAAAAUUCAACUACAUUUUCAUAGAAAAUUUCAGUGAAGAUACCAGAGAAAUGGAGGAAGUUUUAUUGAAUAACAUUUCAAUUGAUGAGCUUAGCGAGCAGAGUUUAAGUGAAGUGCUUCAAAUAAAAGUGGGUCUGCAAAAAGAAAAAUACCAAAUUAUUUUGAAGGAUUUGGGAAAAUUUUCUAAUUCGGUCGGUUUGUUCCAACUGGCGGAAAGACUUGAACAGGGAACUUUUCUUCCACGAACGUGGGAAACUCUGGCUUCCGCAUUUGCAAACGACUUUUACAUUCACUCCCCACCGAUGAGUAAAACCGGAAGUCCCUUCGACAUGUCCCUGGGCCUGCAGAGGAACGUGCUGAGGGUGAUCGCCGCCAAUCCAGGAAUGGGAAAGACGGCCUGUCUAGCAAACUUCCGACACCAAAUGAAAAAACUCAACAAAGACUUGUUCGUUUUCAUGAUCACUUUGCGGUUAUUAAACCGCGCUCUGGACGACGCUGAAAAAAUUAGCGGCAAAGAGCUGGAGAUAAUCAAGGCCUAUUUUACAAUGGACUUUUUUGAAACGGCUCUUUUCAACUUUGCAACCAGCCACCUCGAGGGAAGGGUCAUUUUCCUCUUUGACGGGUUUGACGAAGUGAGCCAUAAUUCCCGAAAAAACUGCCAGCGCCUUGUUAAUUUUUUUGUUGGCCACAAAGCCGUUGCGCAAGUGUGGCUUUCGACCCGCAGAGAUGCGUUGCGCGUUAUUGAAAGUGACGGAAUUUUGACCAACUUUGAACAAUAUGACUUGGGACUUUUCACAGAACCGCAACAGAAAUUGUUCCUGGAAAAACUACUGACUUCAAAAAAUGAGCAUUGCUGCCCGGAGACGAUUGAAAAAUUAAUGGACAGACUGAAACUGACAGCAAAGGAAUUUGGUGAUAAUUCUCUAGGCGUGCCAUUAACCCUUCGUCUGCUGGUUGAAAUGAAAGCCCACCAGAUGGAUGUGACACUCAUCAAGUUCUAUCAGUUAAUAGACAAGUAUUUAGAAAUGAAGUUCACAGUUUACUACUUUGAUAAGGUUGGAUUUGAAUCGCGAACAAUAUCAAACUCGGACAUUACAGAAAUUCGUCUCAGCUACAAUUUUAACAUUUUGAUCUUCUACUCUUUAAGACAAAUAUACGGCACAGAAGGAAUUUGCAAAUCGAGACCUGAACUCGAGGCACAAAUCAAAGACCAGAGAGAACUGACACGAAUUAAAAAUCUUGGACUUCUGGAUGGUGGAAAUGAAUUUUUUCACAGGACUAUAGCUGAAUUUCUAGUAGCCUAUUCCAUGAAGAUUGCCCUUGGAUUUUAUCAAUACGAGUGGCAAAGCUCAAAUUUGAAAGAGUGGCUGUCAAACUGCCUAAGUUCGAUUCCAGCCGGCGUAGAUCCUUUCUACGCUUACCUGGUUAAAUUGCUGGCGGCAAAACUCACUAGCGUCACUUGGAGGUAUUUGAAUGAAAUGAUUCAAGUAGAGAAAACGCCAAAAAAUAAUGGAAAACUGUUUAUCCAAAUGAUCGCGGAAAACUCUACCAUCAGGUGGGAAAUUCAGAACUGCAUCAUGGAGCACAAUUUGCAAGACCUUUUUAACUACCUGGCAGGUGCAAAUGAGUCCUUCCAUUAUACCAGGCACCGAAUUGCAUAUCGACCUUACAUGUCCAGCGAAGUGCCAAUCUUGAUCGAGGCCGUAGCUCAAAAUAGGCAACGUUUUUCAAAAUAUCUUCUGGAAAAUGAAAAGUUUUUGAGCGAUUCGUGCGAAUUUUGUCUCAAGGAAAAUAGAUUCUUUGUUUUUCAUGAUAUAGUUCGGUACAAUAACGCAGAAGCGUUUUCUAAAUUUUGGCAGAAAAUUAAACUAAAAGAGGCACUCGACUCGGCUGAAUUUUCCAACAUUUGCAUACCCACAGAAGAGCUGGACGAUUUUCUCUACUCGGUCUCGGCCACGAACGAUAAAAACAUCCUCAGCCGAAUGUACAACUUUACACCGCUGCACGUCGCCGUUUUGCUAAAACACGAAAACAUGGUCCGCGUCUUGCUUGAGGCGGGCGCCGACGUGCAUCCCGAGACUGUGGCGGUGUCGCCGCUGCUGGCGCUGAUCAGCACGUUUUUCGAGUCAUCAGCGGCCGACGGUUUGCAGAGCUUGUCAAAUUGGAAAAUCGUCAAAUUACUGCUGGAUUACGGAGCUUUGCGCAGCAUCCGCUACAGAGAAGAGAAAAAACUCGAGUUCAUUCAGAAGCUGGACCGGAAUAUGCUUGGGGCAGUGUUCAAAGAGCUCAUCAAGGAGGAGAAUUACAAAGAAAUUGGAUGGGGUGAAUAUUUCUCUCACUUCCUAAUAGAUGACGAAACCGACAGAGCGAAUUCCCCAGAAAGACAGUCCCUGACGCACUGCAAGGUUCUCUCCAGCACCCUGCCUGCUGCAAUUCGCAGCGUCCACCUGGCCGAUUGCGACGAGAAGUGCAUCAUGCGGUCGACGGACGACGCCGUCGACGGCCUGCACAUCCGCGAAUUGGCCCGACGAGCGGUGGCCAGUGGCAGGGACGACUGCACCAAACUCUUCCUGCGCCACAAUUCGAUGGACUUGUUUUUCGUCGACGAGCAGUUCAAUUUGCUCAACAUCGCCCUGGUCAAAGGUCACACGAGCAUUUUUAAAACGAUCCUGAAAAAUCACCCGGAACUUGUGCAAAUGAGGAACAAGUACGGACAGCAGCCCAUCCACCUGGCGGCCAAAUUCCUCAACAAAGAGGCCGUGGAACAUUUGUUGCUCGUCGAAGACAAAUCUAUAAAUUAUCUCACCACCUACGGCCGAAGUUUGCUGCACACGGUGGUGACCGCGGCCAGCAGGACCGAGGGCCAGGAAAUCCUGGACCUGCUCAAGUUCCUCAUCGUGGACAAGCAAAUGGACGUCAACGCCAGAGACCACUUCGGCAAGACGCCGCUGCACUUCGCCUGCAAAUUCUCGCCAAAGUUCAGCGUCAUCGAGUUGCUGAUUCGCAACGGCGCCGACGUCAACGCCGCCUGCACCGUCGGCAACACGGCCCUCCACGUGCUGGCCGAAGAGGGCCUGGACAAGUACCUGUACAUCUACUGCGCCGCCCUGCUCUGCAGAAGUGACGCCAGAGCCGACGUGCUCAACGACCGCCUCGAAACGCCGACGGACGUUGCCAGGGCAGGACACAAAACGGGCAUCGUCCAGGUCAUCCAGAGAUGCAGCGGUCGCCGAGCAAUUUUCGGCUCGAGCAGAUCAUUAAAAAGUGAAAAAAGCGUUUCGAAGAAUAAACGGAAGAGCUCGAUGUUGAAUUUUUUCCGAAUACUCCGGCCCUCUGCGGCGGACACUCCGGGCCAUAGAAUCUCUUUUCUUGACGAAAAUGAAAUAUCCAUGGAUUAAAAAUUAAAAUAUUUUUUAAAGAGCUAAACUAUAAAGAACUCUUCCAAUGCAAAUGAACUUUUGUAAUUUUUAUUUAUAUUUUCUAAAAGGGUAAUAAUUAAUA